CGACAUAUAAUUGUAUUCAUUUUUUGCUGUCUGUUAUCAGCAAUCUCUUAGGAAGUGUGCACGCGCAUAAGUGCGUAAGUGAACCGAGACAAGUACAUCGAAACAGUGUAUGUAACAUUUGACAAACAGCAAAAAUUGUAAACGUUAAAGAUAAUUUUAGCAGGUUCAGGGGGCUGUUUCGACGAUCAGGUAAAAUGACUAACUGUGAUAUUGUCGAGGGACAGUUGAACGCAAUCAUGGAGGCGCUCGCGAAGUCUGCAGUUGUAGAGAUAAGCAAACUUUUCCGUGACAUCAUUGUCGUUUUGCGUUUGGAAAUAUCUGAAAGCCGGAGAGAGAACCAGGAGCUGAAGAGGAAAUUAAUGGGGAUGCGGAGCGAUCUGAAGACGGAGCCUGCAGACGUGGAGGGGGGGCCCUCUCUUAUAAAGGUGGAGAGCUGUGAAGAGGUCUGGGGAGGCAGUGACGCUCACACACAGCUGGACUCCCGUCCUGAGAGAGCCGGGGCCGGGGAUUUGGGCUGCAGCCACUGGGUGAGCUCACCUGCUAAAGCCCCACCUGCAGAGGGCGCUGGAGAGCUCAGUGAAGAUGAUGACUGGGGCGGAGACGCUGAAGACUCGCACUGCUCUGACACGACAGCGAAGGACCCGGAGAGCCUGACUCCGCCCCCACAGCCACGGCGCUGUCCCGCUGUCGAGGAGGGGGCGGAGUCAGGCUCUUUCUCGUGUGCGCAGUGCGGGAAAAACUUCUCCCGCCGAGAUUACCUCAAAAUACACCAGCGGCACCACACGAGGGAGAAGCUGUUCCCCUGCGCGCAGUGCCAGAGGAUCUUCGUCUGCCGAAACCACCUGAAGCAGCACCUGCUGACGCACUCGGGGGUGAAGCCCUUCCGCUGCGCCACCUGUGGGAGGGAGUUCAGCCGCAAGUACCACCUGCAGGAGCACCAGAAGACCCACUCGGACGCCCGGCCGCACGCGUGCGGCGUGUGCGGGAAGGGCUUCAAGCAGCUGAGCACGCUGAAAGUGCACCAGCGGAGACACCGGGGCCAGCCGUUCAGCUGCGUGUGCGGCAAGAGCUUCAGCACAAAGUACGUCCUGAAGCUGCACCAGAUGAUCCACACGGGCGAGAGACCGUACAGCUGCGAGCAGUGUGGGAGGAGUUUCACUCGACGGAACAAUCUCAGAAAGCAUAUGAGAGCACACUACGAGGGACUUGAUACGACUGCGUUUGGAACGGCCAGUUUCGUUUACUCACAAGGCAAAAUGUCAAACUGUGUUUCUGUCAAAGCACAGUUGAAUUCCAUUAUGGAGGCACUGACCAAUGCGGCCGUAGCGGAGAUAAAUAAACUUUUCGAAGAUAGUUCUGCGGUUCUGUUUUUGGAGAUUUCGCGAAGCCAGCGAGAGAACCAGGCGCUGAGGAAGAAGUUGCAGCUGAUAGAGGGCGAGCUGAGGUCGGCUGGAGGCGCCGAAAACGGCGACAGCGUCUGCGGAACGCAGUCCCUCUUUCAGGCUGACGAGGACUGGGUCCGUAUUCAUACAGCCUGGGAGAGUUUUCAUAAGAAUUUAAUUCUUACAGGAUAUUAUUGUCAGCCUGCAGACGUGGAGGGGGGGCCCUCUCUUAUAAAGGUGGAGAGCUGUGAAGAGGUCUGGGGAGACAGUGACGCUCACACACAGCUGGACUCCCGUCCUGAGAGAGCCGGGGCCGGGGAUUUGGGCUGCAGCCACUGGGUGAGCUCACCUGCUAAAGCCCCACCUGCAGAGGGCGCUGGAGAGCUCAGUGAAGAUGAUGACUGGGGCGGAGACGCUGAAGACUCGCACUGCUCUGACACGACAGCGAAGGACCCGGAGAGCCUGACUCCGCCCCCACAGCCACGGCGCUGUCCCGCUGCCGAGGGGGGGGUCCAGCACAGCCUGCCCCCCUCCACUGCGGCCAUUAAACUGGAGACUGUGGUGCUGCCAGUGUGGGGGGAGGAGGCGGGGCCAGGCAUUGUGCAUUCCGAGGAGGCGGGGCCCGGGGUUGUGCAUUCCGAGGAGGCGGGGUUAAGGAUUGUGUUCUCUGAGAGGGCGGGGUUUGGGAUGGCCCACGAGCAGGCCGGCGCGGGGGUGAAGCCGCACCGCUGUAAGUACUGCGAGAAGCGGUUCGCCCGUCCGCGUGACCUCAGAGUGCACGAGCUGACGCACACGGAGCAGACGUCUCUGUCCUGCGCGCAGUGUGGGAAGACCUUCGCCCGCCGGUACUACCUGCGCAUACACCAGCGCUACCACACCGGCGAGAAGCUGCUCAAGUGUGCGCAGUGCGACAUGACCUUCGCCUGCCAGCACCACCUGCGGCAGCACCAGAAGUGCCACUCCGGGGAGAAGCCCUUCAGCUGCGCCACCUGCGGCAAGGACUUCAGCCGCAAGUACAACCUGAAGGAGCACGAGAAGAUCCACACGGGCGAGCGGCCGUACGCCUGCGCCGCCUGCGGGAAGAGCUUCAAGCAGCUGAGCACGCUGAAGACCCACCAGCGCAGCCACAACGGCGAGACCUUCAGCUGCGUGUGCGGCAAGAGCUUCAACAGGAAGUACGUGCUGAAGGUGCACCAGAGGAUCCACACGGGGGAGAGGCCGUACGGCUGCGAGCAGUGCGGGAAGAGCUUCACCCAGCCCUGCGUUCUGCGCAGUCACAUGAGGACUCACUGCGGGGGAAACCGCACCACAGCCCUCCGCAGCACCAGCGUCAUGUAGCUGCCCCGCCCCACCC